CCACUUUUGGCACUCGAGAUCCUGAAGAAGAGGGAUCAGCAGCGCCAACCCGAAUCCACAGGGCCAGAGAGUGACAGUCUCAGCCGGAGAGUACACAGGACGGGGUCUGAGAGGUAACCGUCUAGCUUUUGUUCAAUCCGAACGUCAGGUGAAGUCACUUCAUCUCGCCGCUCUUCGAACACACGGGUCGCAUUUGACCGGAACGUCCAUUGGACUGUUCCCGCCUGUAAAUCCGAUCGACUCCCCGGACUCCCCGGACUCCCGGAUAGAGCAGGUAUGAAGCGUGGAUGGAACAAUCAGACGUCUGGGUCCUCUUCCGCUGAGCCUUCGGAUCAAUCCUGGAUUCAAAUGCCUUCUCAUCCUUAUGCUUCGGCCUAUUCUUCCAUGACCAAUCCAUUCAACGAUGGUACGAAUUACGAUAGUCUGAUAGAUCAUCAAGAGAAGAAAGCGAGGAUAUCACUGGGAAUGGAUGGUGGAAGUGAAGGUAGCGAAAUGGAUGACGAGGAUUUGGAGGAUGAAGAUGAUGAAGGGGAUAGCAGACCAGGAGAUGCCGCUUCGGGAUCUAGAGGCAAAGGUUCAAAAGGUCAGAAAGGAGAUAAGCCAAAGGUCAAGUUGACCAGGGGAUCAAGGGCUUGUAUUGCAUGUCGCAAAAUCAAGAUGCGUUGUAUUCCUGAUGAGAACGGCGGACCGUGCAAACGGUGUCGAUCUGGAGGUCACGAAUGUGUCUUCGAAGAGUCCAAUCGAGGCAAACGGAGCACUAGGAAAAACGAAGCCUUGACACUGCGAGCGAGCAAGAUGGAGGCUGCACUGAAAGGUAUAGGCAAGGCCCUCGCUGAACUGGACCGACACGCUCUACAUACCUUCACUUCCUCGCUUCACAACGUCGUCACACAACCGGAGAUCAUGACGGUCAUAACAAAUCACGCAGCCCCUUCAGUCGCUCCGAUCUUAGCAGGAACUUCAGCUCAAUCUUCGAAUAGAAUGGAUCAGCCUCUCCGAGGAGAAGAUUCCUCUCACGCGCACUUGACCCAACCUCCAUUAUCUCCACGACUUCAUUCUUUGCCCGACAACGUGCUUUCGCCACUGGGCUUACUGGCCGAAGCGAGUUUACAGAAUACUUCAGGAAGAGCAGGAGCCGGCAAAGGAGUCAUUAGACCAGGUCAUCGACCGAGUCCUCUAUCUCUAGGAGAAACUCGAGCGAUGGAGGCUGCGAAUGGUCGGAGUAUGUCCCCCGCGAGUUGGCAAAGGGCUACGAGCGAUAUCAGAGGAGAGGAAGAGGUGGAGAAAACGGGUCGUGGGGUGGCUUCACAUAACUACUUCAAGCCGGGUGCGAGUAAUUUCACUUCGAUAGGACUCAAGGACGAUCGCGUACCCGAGCUACUUACAAUUGUGACUCGCGAGGAUAUCAAUGAGCUUUUCGAAAUCUUCUUCCUCCGAAUGGCCCCGCAUGUGCCAAUGUUCAACAAGGAGUUUCACACACCUGAUCUGGUUCUACAGAGAUCUCAAUUUCUCUGCACGGUUAUUUGCGCGAUAUCCGCGCGAUACUACAACAAGCGACAAGAUCUGCACCCAAAGCUCUCAAGUUACGCCAAGCGUCUCGCAUUUGAAGUCCCAUCGAGGGGAUACAAGAGUGUUGAAGUGGUUCAAGCGUAUCUUCUGCUAUCGCUUUGGACUCUGGGUCCGGAAAAGACGUUUGAGCAGGACCGAACGUGGAUGAUGCUGGGUAUGGCCAUACGUAUGGCGACGGAUCUGAAUCUCCAUCGGAAGAGUAUAACCUCUGGUCUAGAUACGGAAGAGGGUCGAGCGAGAGAUCUGGAAGUGAUCAACCGCGAACGGUGUUGGCUGCACUGUUUCGUGCUCGAUCGAUCCAUCUCUGCACAAAUGGGUAAACCUUACACCCUCCGAGAGGAUUUUAUCAUCCGUAAUGCCUGUGAAACAUCAUGGUAUCAACAGCGAUUCUGUUUACCCUCCGAUAAGGCUUUAUCGGCCUAUGUCGUCCUUCAACAAAUCAUGAGUAGAGCCAUCGAUUCAAUCUAUUCGUCAACUACGACUAUCUCUGGUUUGAGGCAGGACUGUGAUUAUAUGAUGAUCGUCCGGUCGGCGCAUGAAGAGCUUAGAAGAUGGAUCACCGAGUGCAACAGACCUGAUCCAGCGCUCGGCCAAGAUUACGGUCCGCGAGCUCAGUUCUACUAUGCUUACGACUCGCUCGUUCUGUACUCCUUCGGUCUGGAGAACGCCGUGGAGCGCGCCAAGAUGGACAUCUCGUUCUUCCUGACGAAUGUGUAUGAAGCUGCGGUACGAGUCUGCAACGUUGUCAAGGAGGAGUUCCUGCCUCGAGGCUUCUUGCCUUACUUACCCGACACCAAUUUUGUCAUGUGCAGUUAUGCGCUCCUGUCUCUCUUGAAACUGCUCAAGCCCGAGUUGCGACCAUUCCACGACUCGGAAGAAGCCAUUUUCACUCUCGUCUCGGAGAUGGCCGACAUCCUGGAAGGUUGUGCCGUAGACCCAUCUCACCAGCCAGCCAUUUACGCCGCGUUCAUCCGUGAGAUUGUCCGCAAGACGAAAGAAGCUAGGGUGGCGUCGCCAAGCGUUGGGCCGACCGGUUUUGCGAGCGCUGAAAACGGGACUGAAGUCAGCGAGACGAAUCUGACUACCCCCGUGGUCAAUGGGAUCUAUGACCCGCAAUUGUUGGGUGAAGCAGGUUCGGCAAGUUGGGUCUCCGGGGAGAUGAUGAAUGGUUCGGAAGGUCCUCAGUUUGCUUUCAUCCCACAAGGCGGCGAUAUGAUGAUCUUGCCCUCCAACGCUGGUCCUUCUCAAUCUAUCCAGAAUUCCCCCAACACCAAUAUGGGUUUCACCCCUUUCCCGGGAAACUCUGGUACGACCCCGCAAGCUGGUUCUUCCUCCGGAUGGGCAGAAUACCUUCCUACAUUCUUGUCGUCUGAAGGAUUUGACGGAUGGGACGGAUCAAUGCUCUUACCUGGCUUUGGGCGUGAUCAAAUCACUCUGAGUGGAGGUUUGUUGCACAGUCAAUACGGAAGUGGAAUCAUGACACCUGCGCAUGAGACGCCUGCGCAAAGUCGAAUUGGGAGCAGAGCGGGGACGCCGACUCCAGGACCUCCCACUCGACCCAUGUGAUGUGAGGCCGAGCUCGGACAUGGAGAAGAAGGGAGGAAGGCGUGACGAUCGAAAUGAUGUCAAAU